AUGAGUGGAAGCAACGAUAAGAUGCAAGAACAAAUUCCUAUGCCUACUGCAAUAACUUUUGAUGCAAUUCAGCAGCGAACUCCUACAGCUACAACAGCCGAAUCUAGAUGGCUCGCACGCAAGGCGGUGCAUUCGAGGGAGAUGCACCCGGAGCCUCAGCUUGGGGUAGACGUCGACCCUAAGGUCGAGAUAUUAGCAGCUAUUGGGGAUAUGCGACAGGCACCAGCACCAGCAGUACCAGCACCAGCGCUGCAAGAUCAGCCGCCACCAGUUCAUGUGGCCGCCCCACCAGACUUAGAGGUUAGAGAGAUGCCACUGCGGGAUCAGAAGAUGCUUGGGUCAUUAGGCCUUUUAGAGUCGAGAGGAGCUAACUUUACCGCUCAUCAUUUCCGUGGGCCAGCCAGGCAGUGGUGGCGCACGUAUCGAGAGUCUAGGCCAGUUGGAUCUUCUCCUAUAUCUUUGAGUGACUUCUCAGAGGAUUUCUUGGCCCGGUUCAUGCCACGGAGCGUCAGAGAUAGGCUUCGUUAUCAGUUCUCUAGAUUGGAGCAGGGAUUUAUGACCGUUUCAGAGUAUGAGGCGAGGUUCCAUGAGUUGUCUCGCCAUGCUACUAUGAUCCUGCCCACAGAGGGAGGGAGAGUUCGUUGUUUUGUACGUGGGUUGCGAUACCGUUUGAGGUUUGACACAGAGCAUAUGGUUUCAGCUGGCCGUUCUUUUCUUGAUGUGGUGGAUCAUGCCCGAUCCAUGGAGCAUAUUCAUCGUGAGGCCCAAGGGGGCAGCGAUAAGAGGGCACGCUACCAGGGAUCCUAUAGCGAGUCGCAGACUAGGGGGAGGGACUCAUAUGAUAGGCCUUGUCAGAAGUUCCAGCAGGGUCAGACCAGUCGUCCUGGCGUUCAACUUCGGGGUGUUAUGAUUGUGGUGCUCUUGACCAUUGGUCUAGAGAAUGCCCUCAGCGAGGUCGGGGGGCGAUUAGGAGGUGGUCAGGUUCAGGGUCGUCGAAAGAGUCGACAGGGUACCAGGGGUGGAGCUCGGGGAGGCAGGUCAGGUGGUAGACCGGGUGCACCAGGUAGAGGUGCUCAGGGCCAUUUUUACGCAGCCCCGGCAAGGGCGGCGACUGAAGCAUCUAACGAUGUGAUCUCAGGUACGCUCUUCUUAUGCCAUCAACCUGCUACAGUAUUGUUUGAUCCAGGGUCCACAUUCUCAGCUGAUCUUAUUAUGCUAGAUACGAUUGAUUUUUAUGUGAUUUUGGGCAUGGACUGGUUAUCCCCAUAUCAUGUGGUCUUGGAUUUCUAUGACAAGACUGUUACCUUAUCCAUGCCUGGUGUUCCCCCGAGAUGGAGUAGGGAGGGCCCAUCAGUUGAAUCAGUUCCUGUGGUUAGAGAGUAUCCAGAUGUGUUCCCUACAGAUCUACCUGGCCUACCCCCAGAGCGUGACAUUGAUUUUGCUAUAGAUUUGGAGCCUGGCAUCCGUCCUAUUUCUAUUCCGCCUUAUCGGAUGGCUCCUGCAGAGCUCAGAGAGCUCAGUCUUCAGUUAAAGGACCUCUUAGAAAAGGGGUUCAUUCGUCCGAGUGUGUCGCCUUGGGGUGCUCCUCUUCAGGGUGCUGCCGUGUUUUCUAAGAUUGAUUUGAGGUUCGGGUACCAUCAGCUGAGGAUUAAAGCAGCAGUCAUCCCUAAGACGGCAUUUAGGACUCGUUACGGCCAUUAUGAGUUCCUUGUUAUGUCUUUUGGGUUGACUAAUGCCCCAUCCGCCUUUAUGGACUUGAUGACACGUGUGUUCAGGCCAUACCUUGAUUCAUUUGUUAUCAUCUUCAUUGAUGACAUAUUGGUAUACUCGCGGAGCCGAAGUGAGCAUGAGCAACAUUUGAGGAUAGUGCUCCAGACUUUGAGAGAUCAGCAGCUUUAUGCGAAGUUCUCAAAGUGCGAGUUUUGGCUUGCAUCUGUAGCAUUCUUGGGGAACGUGGUGUCCAAGGAGGGUAUUAGGGUAGAUUCGACGAAGAUUGAAGCUAUUCGUGAUUGGGACAGACCCACUUCUGUUACUGAGGUUCGUAGCUUUGUCGGGUUAGCGAGUUACUACAGGCAUUUUGUUGAGGGAUUUUCUACUAUUGCAGCUCCAUUGUCUCGGUUGACUCGCCAGGAUAUUCCCUUUGUGUGGUCGGAGGAGUGUGAGAUGAGCUUUCUAAAGCUCAAGGAGUUGCUUACUAGCGCUCCUAUAUUGACUCUUCCGAUUGAGAGCGAGGGUUUCACGAUUUAUUGUGAUGCGUCUGGUGUUGGUGCGGGUUGUGUAUUGAUGCAGGAGGGCCAGGUUAUUGCGUAUGCGUCGAGGCAGCUUAAGGUCCAUGAGCGCAACUACCCCACCCAUGACUUGGAGUUGGCAGCGGUAGUUUUCGUGCUUAUGAUUUGCAGGCACUACUUGUAUGGAGUUCGAUGUGAGAUUUAUACUGACCACAAGAGUCUUUAG